UGCAAACAUAUUUGAUAUGCACUGUUGAGCGCAGAACAACUGGAGGGAUAUGACUUGACCCCGUAAGGCUUUUGUUUUCGUUGAUAGAAGGCGGUGUUUUUCUCUUAUAUAGUUUAAAAAACAAAACAAAAACACGCCAGGUAACACUGGAAGUCAACAUGGUCACUGUUGACAAACGAAUCGUAUUCUGCGGAAACCCUUCGCCGACGUAAAGCGGAAGUAGACAUUCUGGCAUCUCCUCUAAGUACGUACGUCAACACCGUAGCCAUCUUUUCCCGGGCAAAGCGGACUGUGUAAACAUACACGUUAACGCACAAGACAACACGCCCGGGGAUUUCUUUGGAUGUCAGGCUCUAUCCCGUGCGGAAAUCUCAAGCAAAACCAUACAAUAUAAACACCGAAAACAGCUUUUACAAGCCUGUCUUUUUGGGAUGGACUGAAACGAAAGAUGCCCGACUCGUGUGCGGCGUGGGGAUGUACAAACCGGCGCACAGUGCAAAGCAAAUCGCAGGGAAUUACCUUUCACAGGUUUCCCAAAGAGAAUGACUUGAGGAGGCAGUGGGAAGUGGCAGCAAGGAGGAGAGGUUUCUCCGCCACCAAGUCCUCGGUCCUUUGCAGCGAGCACUUCAAACCGGCGGACAUUGACGCCACAGGCCAGACUAUCAGGAUUAGAGAAGGAGCCAAACCGUCUGUUUUCAGCUUUCAGUCUCCUCUCCAAAAACCAGUGUUUACCAGGACAACACAAACUUCCAAAAAGGCUCAAGAGUCAUUGGCAUCUGGUACUUCAAGAAAUGUGCGACAGACUGAACCACCUCCGCCGCCGCCAUCACCCCCUCCUCCUGAUGACCACUGCUAUGCGCUGCCUGCGUCUCCCGCCGGUCUAAAGGCCCGACUGAUGGACGCCUUAGCGAGGGUGGAGAGUCUGGAGCGGGAGCUUCGGAACAUGAAGGACAGAGAGCGGCGGGCCAAGAACACCGUGUUUGGUCUUCUGGAGGAUCUAAGGGGCAAGAACCUCAUCAACGAAGAGCUCAAAGAUAAGCUGGAUUCAUACUCGGAUCUUCCAGUCCACCUGCUGUCCAAACAGGGCAACGACUACACCAAAGACCAGAGGGAGUUUGCCCUCACUCUCCACUUACACGGUCCAAAAGUAUAUAACUACCUGAGAAAGUCUCUCCACCUCCAGCUACCACAUCCACACACAGUACAAAGGUGGAUGAGCUCCAUAGAUGCCAAGCAUGGCCUUGAUUCAACGUCGGUAAAAAUUACAGAAGAAGAAGAAGAGGCUGAGGAUGCGAGUGAGACCCUCACUGACGCAGAGACUGACUUUCGGCAAAAUCCUCUCACACAAAACAUAACAGUGUGUGUAAAAGAUGUGGACACAGCUCACCUGUCAGAAGACAACACAGGAGAAUCUUAAACCUGGGUGCAGUAUUUAAAAAAAAAAAAAAAAAAAAAUUUUAAUAUGCAAACGAUUUCUAAAAUGUACAAAGACUGUUAAUAGGAUUACAAACACUUUCUUGUUUGAUGCAUUUUUGUGCCACAGAAUUAAAAUGAAACUCAAUUUUAAGAA